UCCUAAGGGGGAAAAACAAACUGUACGUCUGAGAGAACCACCUGGGCAACUGGAGAAAAUCAUUGCCCCAAUGUAACGCAGUCCAAAGCUCCAGUGGUUUUGCUCUUAUACUGAGAUCACCUCGGCAUGCAUUCAACCCAACCUCUGUGCGAGUUACAAAUGGAGAUUUCAGUGCGACAAAAUAUUGAUUUGGAAAAUAAUAUCUACCUCGCUCCAAAAGUAGUGCCUCCUAUUUAUUUCUGUGGAACUACAACACCUACGAAGAGCACAAUAAUGCUGUUUGAUAGUGUUUUGUAGCUGAGAACUUGCUGUACUUUAAAAUGUGAUCACCACCAUGAGCUGUGCCUUUUUACCAGUGAUGACCAAGCACCUGCAUGCCAUGCUUGGAAAAAUUUGCCCCAAAGGAGGUGACCCCCUGUUCCACAGCUGCUGUGACAGCGUCGUUGCGAGGGAAAUGUUGCCCAUGGAGUCCAACUUUCACUGUGCUCACACCCUCUGGUUGCUCUCCAAAAACAUUCCCAUGCAUCAGUGAAUGUCAGUGGGUGCCAUUCUUUCCUCAUGGAGGAAUUCAGUUCCACCCCUUUGCUCCAUCUUCACUCCCAUGUCAGACGCCAUUCUGUCAUACUGCCCUCUGCUGCCAUCUGUCACACAGCAACAGCAUGCAAUGGAAUAUUGGUGGGAAGGCUCAACCUCCACUGCCAUCCCACCAACGUCUGCCUCUGACACUGUGGACUGGCAUGAUGAAAUAGGAGGCAUUGCUUUUGUAGCAGCCCUCAUAUUUGAGGUGAGUUCUGACUGAAUUUCAGCAUUCUUCUGAUCUACUCCUGAGUUGCUCUGUGAACCUAAAGCCUUUCCUGCAGAAUUACUCCCCAUGCAGUGAUUCUGUAUUUCUCCUGUGGGGUCUCCUCCCCAUUGAAAGGUAAUGGGAAGGCGCUGACUCCACCCAUUGUGAGGAAGAGGUGGGAAGUGUUGGCCUGCAAAAUAUCCCACAUUCAGUCAACCACUGCACACUGCACACAAUAACUGCACACUGACAUCCACUUCUGAGCCACGCUGUGGGACUGCUCACUCAGAGGCUCUCUGAGUACAGCCUGAGUUACUUUCUCCCAUAGAGCAACUGAACUACGAAGUUCUUAGUGCUGCCCCUGGCUUCGUACCUUUGUAGCACCUUUCAGGUACAAUACAUGAUUUUAUUUCCUCAAACAAUGCAUUUCUCGGUGUGUUACCUUUACAUUUUUUAUUAAGAUUCUAUACGGAUAGGAAGUGGGAGGUUUUUGUAUGAAGGAAAUAUGUUUAGUUGGUUGAACACCUGACUUCAGGGUGAGGGUAUGUACAUGCAUGUACCAAAAUGCAUUCUGCAGCCUUUCUAUGUGCUUAACAAAGUACAUCUGUCAGUGCAAUGCCAGUAGGGGCCAUGCAUGGAAUAAGUUCUUUUGUUUUGCACAUUUAUAGGGUUUUAUGUGCAUGGAUUUAUUGAAAAUAAUCAACCAAACUAAUGAAGUGAAAUGUCUCUGAUGGGAUUAAAAUUUACCAGUUCAUGGACAGUGGCAAAUCUGUGAUAUCUGCUCAAGCGUGCGUGGCUGAGCUGUGCAGGGAUGGGGCUGUCUGUUUCCUGCACUUGUCCAAGAGAAGGAAGAGGAAAUAUGCAAACAAAUUACCCUGUUCUAAUUUUUGUCAUCAGAGAUGGAGGCAGGAGUUUCUUGCAGGGGCCGAGGUGAAGGCAAGAACCUUUUCCCCAAGGGCUGACAGAAGGAUUUUUAAUAGGAAAGCCAUGUGGGAAAUGAAUGUAUGGAAAUAACAAAUAACACAGAAUGCAAAAUACAGAAUACAGAAAACAGGUAUCAAAGCCAUUUUACUUAAAAAAAAAAAAUCCUAACCUUCUGUUGACAGAGCACUCUGAAUGUUUCGUAAGAAUUGGAAUAUUCUUAUGAAAUAAAGCAUAUUCAUAAGAAUGGAAUGUAACUUUGUAAUGAGAAAAUGUGACAGCAGCUCUUCCACAUACUUUGACAGAUUUGAAUUUGAGAUGCAAAUCUGAAUCCUUGUUCAGUAAUUAAUGUUUCUGUCAUGUGAACACAAUGGUGGCUUUUCUUACCCUUUACUUGUGCCACUGUGGAAGCUUUCUGAUGGGGUUUGAGAUGUGCUCUUACAGUCUUUCCCACUUCUUAGCUUGGUUCUGCAAACAUGCUCCAUGCCUCACUUACAGCCACCUCUCGUGUGCCUUUCAUCCCAUCCCUGCUGAUGUUCCACCCCUGGCGGUGCCCAUGUCCAGGCUGAGUGGAGCUCCUGGCAGCCUGACCUGGUGGGAGGUGUCCCAGCCCCUGGCAGAGGGUUGGAACUAAAUUAUCUGUAAGGUUCCUUCCAACCCAAACCAUUCCAUGCUUCUACGGUUUGGUGCUGCCUUGUGAGCUGAACACCUUAGGAAAUGGGCAGCCACCUUUACCUGCCCGGAUGCGCAGAGAGGACAUUGCUCACCCCAUGGCAUCGUUCUCAUGUUAAACCAGAGGUGAGUUAUGGGUGUGGAGACCGUCUCUGUGGCAAUUAAAAGUUUGAGCUGCUUGCAUGACCUUGAUAAAAGCUAUUUUUAAAGUCAAAGUCAUCUUGCUCGGCACAUUCACACUUUCUUUUUCCUGAGCAGACAGCCACCAAAGGUGCAAAUAUAAUGGAUUCUGUCAUCCUAAUGUCAUAGAUUUCCCCCGUUUCAUCAGUGUUAGCACAGAGCCUUGGGGAAUCUGCAGCGUGAGCUCCGAGAUCGGCCUCCCCACCUCAGCUAUCAGCCAACAUCGUCUGCUCAGAGGAAAUGCAAAAGACACUGAACUGGACAUGAGUGGGAUGGCAUCGGACUGCAACUCCUCCUCUCAGGAAGAAUACCUCCCACACUACAUGCAGCAGGAAGACCCCUUUGCAUCAAAGCUGUCUAGAGAAGCUGACAUCAUAGCGGGGUUUUAUUUGACAGUAAUUGGGAUUCUUUCAACUCUGGGAAACGGGUAUGUUAUCUUUAUGUCCUCAAAGCGGAAAAAGAAGUUAAGACCCGCUGAGAUAAUGACUGUUAAUUUAGCGGUGUGUGAUCUGGGCAUCUCAGUUGUAGGAAAACCCUUCAGUAUCAUUUCCUUCUUUUCUCACCGCUGGAUCUUUGGAUGGAUGGGCUGCCGCUGGUACGGAUGGGCUGGCUUCUUCUUUGGCUGUGGGAGCCUUAUUACCAUGACAGCCGUCAGCCUGGAUAGAUACUUAAAAAUCUGUCACUUGGCUUAUGGUACCUGGCUUAAGAGACACCAUGCCUUUAUCUGCCUGGCACUAAUCUGGGCCUAUGCGACGUUCUGGGCUACAGUGCCUUUUGCUGGUGUGGGGAGCUAUGCUCCUGAGCCGUUUGGGACCUCGUGCACCCUGGACUGGUGGCUGGCGCAGGCUUCAGUGGCUGGGCAGGCUUUUGUUCUCAGCAUUCUUUUCUUUUGCCUCCUGUUUCCAACUGCAGUGAUUGUGUUCUCCUAUGUUAAAAUCAUUUUAAAAGUCAAGUCGUCCACCAAAGAAGUUGCUCACUAUGACACCAGGAUCCAGAACAGCCACAUACUUGAAAUGAAGCUGACCAAGGUGGCAAUGUUGAUCUGUGCCGGAUUCCUCAUUGCUUGGAUCCCCUACGCCGUGGUCUCUGUGUGGUCAGCCUUUGGACAGCCGGAUUCCGUUCCCAUUCAAUUUUCGGUGGUACCAACUCUGCUUGCCAAGUCGGCUGCCAUGUACAACCCAAUUAUUUACCAGGUCAUUGAUUGCAAAUUUGCCUGCUGCCGGUCAGGUGGGCCGAAGACACUGCAGAAGAAGAGCUCUUUGAAGGAAUCGAGGAUGUACACCAUAUCUUCACACAGAGAUUCAGCGGCACUGAGCGGAACCCAACUGGAAGUCUGAAGGCUUGUUUCACAGCGAGGGAAAACCUGAUGACAAACAAUCAUACUGUUGCAAAUUCAUCUUCCAGUGAAUGAAUUAAAACACAAUGGCAUUUUUUUUUACUCCUCAGUCCUACAUACAGUGUAGUUCUUUCCCUACUGACUAAAACAGUGUGAUUAGAGCCAGGUGGAUGCUUUAAUUAUUCAGGGAAGAAGAAGGAGGGAAGAUUCAUUUGUAUAAAAGAAAUGGAUUCACUUCAGAGCCUUUGAAAUAUGUUUUUUGUUUCAUAGAACCACAGAACGGUUUGAGCAGGAAGGGACCCCCACAGGUCAUCACUGCAGCCCUGCAGUGCACGGGGACACCACAGACCCUGAUAAGAGUUUGUCCCCUCCUUUCCUACAGCCCCUGUAGGUACUGAAGGCCGCUCUCAGCUCUCCUCUCCAGCUGCACAGCCCCACCUCAGCCUGUCCUCGUAGGGAGCUGCUCCAUCCCCCAGGUCAUUUCUGUGGCCCUCCUCUGGAUGCACUCCAACACAUAAUGCAGCAAAUCCCUGCUCAGUCCUCAAAGCUGGUGUGCACCUGAGAAAGGUUACAGCACAUGUACACGGAAAUCUUUCCCAUGUGCAGUUGAAUCUGCUGCUAAAGCACCAAACCCUGCAAGGAUGAAGUCUAGGAAGGAUUGAAGCAGUCCCAAAGAGAGCAUGUAAGGUCCAAAUACAACACUAAACAAGCAGUGUGCUUUGAAAGGAUCUGCAGGGUAAGGCAGACAAAUAAUUGUGCUGCACCUGGGCCAUAAUUCUUCCCAUUCUAUUCUUCUUCGUUUGUGGAUUUGCCUUAAAAAUGAGGCAUCCCUACUCACCAGAUACUAGCUGUCCAGUAUAAGCAGGUUAUUAACUCUGUAAAUAAUGAUUUUGAUGUUUGUCUGUGGUUUCUUCUGGGAGGAACUGAUAUAUGAAAUAAGGUAAUAGAAAAUCAGAGUCUCCCAUACAAAUUUUUGCAGACUGUACAUUGAAAAAAGGUACAAGAUUUAAAGUCUUAUUCUGAAUUGCGUUUGUGAGGAGAGAAAGCAUUCAUGAACCUGUUUCAAUUGGUUUCCUCUUUAACAUUUAAUAGUGCUUUUUAUCAUACUGUUAUUUCACGACUGUGAUGUAAUUGCAUUUUAUAGCAUAGAUUUAAUAUAGCAUGACCUGAUGUUGACUGGCACUCCCAUUCUGCAGUGCAAACUCUUGCUCUGCUCUCAGAAGACAUUCAGACCACAUGGCAGAAGUUGUCGCUGGAUUUCCCAAGGUGGGUAGAAGAAUCGUUUCCUCUUCUACAGUAUUUUCGGACUUUGAACAAACACUAGGAGAACUCACGGAAGGGUGAGGAGCUGCUGUGAUACCCAUAUGUUAUCUUACGCCAAAUUUUGCCAAGAAAUCAAGUCCUUUCACUUCUAUGGAUCUUGCACCACAGAGCAACAUUGUGAUGUAACCCAGCUGGCAGCCCUUGGCUCACCCCCCACCCCCAAGACUCAGACACGACCUGAGCCAAAGCACCAACAAAGCCCAACUCAGGAAUGUGUCGGGAGGAUCAUCACUCUGAAGGAAGAUUUCUUUACUGCAUCUUUGCUAUUUCAACCCUGUGAUAUUACAGGUGUUCCUCAUUUUAUCUAUUAAUAUUAUAUCUUCAAUGAAAACAGUGCUGUGAAGAAUAAUUGCCAUAAAUAUUAUGUAUCCUAUGUGCACAUUCAGACUGAGCUGCCAAGAAGAAAAGUAUUAUCUGAAUUCACUGCCGUUGGCUUGAAGGAAAUAAGGACAUGGGUUAAAACUCUAUUUAGAUAAUGAGCUGACCUGGACAGUAAGAUUGUCCCAGUGAGAAUAACCCACUACUUUGUAUUUCAAGGUUACAGGCAGUGAAACUGUCUGAAGCCUGUGGAUAUGAAGACUUUUAAUUGGGUCAUUACCAGGCAUAGCUGCAGAAUGCCUUUGAGCCUUCCUCCAUGGGCUUGGAAACUGUUGGUAACAUAGAAGUAAUGGUCAACACUGCUUGAAAAGUACUCACAUUUGAAAGGGGUGAAUUAAGCAAAUAUUUGUGGUAAAAAAAGUUGAAAGAAGAGCACAAAAGAUGGAAGUUCUGGUUGUGAGUUUGAAGAUUUUACAGAAAUUUAUCCAUAGAGGUGAAUGGAGCUGCAGAAAGAUUUCUUUCUAUGCCUGUAGUAAUAAUGAGAGAAGAAACAGCAGCACAGCAGUUGGUUGUUUUGUUUGUUGUUUGUUUUUGGUUGGUUGGUUUUGGUUUGUUUUUGUUUUGUUUGCUUGGAUAUUUAUGGCCCAGCCAGCAGCAGACCUUUAGUUUUGUGACAUCCAAAGAGAUGUUGUAUCUUCAUAUGAAGGGAAUAUCUUUAAUGAAUUGAGACUUGCAAUGUCAGUGAACGGAAUUGUGUGGUGGAAAUUUUCUCUUGGAUGACAGUGUAAUGUCUUUAUGGACAAUGUUGUUCCACCUGCAGUGUGAAGGGUUAUCCUACAUUAUCCAUUUCUGCUUAUGAUUCUAACCCUUCCCAUGAGAAAACCUCCAGACAAUUCAAUGUGCAAAUUUGCUGUGACAUCUCUUUAGCUACAUUUCCCAGCUUAGAGUGUUCCCAGGUGACUCUUGCCUCAGGUUAGAAGAUCAUAAUAAAGAUAAUGUUCACCAGAACACCCAUUUCUCUCCCUUCUCUCUCUUAAGAGAAAUGAUUGGUUGUUUUCCUCCACAUCUGUGUCUUUGCAAGUGUCACAGGGCUUUGUAGUUGUCCAGCCCCAAGGAAUAAAGUUUAACCACCUGAAAUAAGAAUUUCUGCAGAGCUGCUGCUGAGCUUAGACUAUUGCAAUGAAGGGAAGAGGCUGUUAAUAUCAUUGUCAUCUUUGCUUGUGGUCUUGAGCCAUUGCACAUCCCAUAGUGGCCUUUCUCUGCUAUUUCCAUUCUCGCUUUGUUUUUCAGGGUGACUUGUAUUGCCCUUUAUUUGGUAGAUAGAGGUGUAGGGCAGUUUUGUAAUUGAAGCAUGACCUUCACUUCCCCAGUUAUGACAUACAACUAAAUCUUUUGAAGUAUAGGGCUUGAUUACAGGGCUUCAGGCUCUCAUUAUUUCUGAACUUAAAGGAUUCUUCAUUAACAAUGUGUAAUCAGCUUUUAUCAGUCACCGACUGUAGUUUGGUCGUUACAGCCAUUCUGUUAGUGACCUAUUCUAAGAAGGACGUUCAAAGUCAAAACAGUUAAGUUGUGCAGCAUCUGGAUGAAGUGUGCUCAUAGACAGUAAAGGUUAGUUAGCUUUCCUGUGCCACCAAAAUAGCUCCUUAGUCUUUUUUUUAUUUUAUUUUAUGUGGCAUCUAAGGGGAAUUCUAGGAGUAGAUCUCUUACCCUCUAUGUAAAAUGACAGAGAUAUAUGUGAAACACUAUAUAGAUAAAUACAUUAUUGUAGCACAGACUGUGUUUUAAUUGUAGAUGGUGGAUGUGGCAUGUGGUAUACCAUGCAUUUUAAAUGAUGAAUAAUGUUUAUGUUGCAUCAAGCUUCAUCCUACACUAAUGAAAAUAUUAAACAUUUAGAAAAUAGAUACCUGUAGGAAAUAGAUAUGACAAGGGAGUCAUGAAGGUCUUGUCAGUUCAGAAAAGGGGCUGCACAGAUGCUUAGCAUCCUAAAGUAAGAAACUGGGAUGAAAGUCAAGAAAGGGAUUUUCAUUCAUGGGGGCAAUUUGCAACACAUAAAUGUAUCCCUCCAAUCUUAACUUCCUUUAUACUGAGUUGAAACACAUUAUAUUGAACAGUGAGUAGAUAAUCUUCCUGGCGUCCUGCAGUUUUGGUCUCAAAACUAAGGAACAGUGUAGAGGAACUAAGGAAAGUAUAGUGGCUCCGGAGAGACCUCAUUGUGGCCUUCCAGUACUUACUUGAAGGGAGCGUAUAAACAGGAAGGGGAACGGCUGUUUAUGAGGGUGGAUAGUGAUAGGACAAGGGGGAAUGGUUUUAAACUGAG